GUGGUUACUGUACCGCCUCCAUGCUGGAGUUUUUGUAACAGGCGUGUGGACCGAUAGCUGAGCCGGUGUUUGAGUUUUAUUGAUCGGAUAAACGGCGAUCAGACGGAUCUGUAAGCAGGCAUGUCGUACUGCAAGCAGGAAGGUAAAGAUCGCAUCAUAUUUGUCACCAAGGAAGAUCAUGAAGCUCCCAGUAAUGCCGAACUUGUUGAAGAUGACCCUAAUGAUCCAUAUGAGGAUCACGGUCUUAUUCUACCUAAUGGCGACAUAAACUGGAACUGCCCGUGUUUGGGCGGCAUGGCCAGUGGCCCUUGUGGACAGCAGUUCAAGGAUGCGUUUUCAUGUUUCCACUAUAGCAAAGAGGAGAUAAAGGGCUCCGAUUGUGUGGAAAACUUCCGGGGUAUGCAGGAGUGUAUGCAGAAAUACCCUGAGCUUUACCCUCAGGAAGACGACAACGACAGUGCCCCCUCUGGUGAAGCAAAUACUGCACCCACUGACUCUCUCCCAGCAUCCUCUACUGAUUCCACAGCAGCAGCAGCCACAGAAAACCCAGCGACUAGCUAAUGUUAUCCUCACUUCACCCCCUCACAGCAAAGACAGCUCCACUUUUGACUAUGAAGAGAUCAUAUGUAACAAUGCCCCAGAAUCUGUGAAGCAAACAGAUGCAGGAAGCUCUUAAACGUCAGGUUUUGUGAUUAAAAUGUGACAUUAACGUGCACUUGAGAGACCUAAAAAUGAGGUUCGGGAUCUAAAUGAGUGGCAGGUGAGUCUGCGCUUGGCUCUGUGAAACAUUAGACUUCAUUUGAAUCAUCCUGGUUUGUAUCUUCUGGUUAUUUGCUCCACAGAUUGUUUGACUUGUGUACUGCUGCUACUACAGGCCACUUUGUGUUUGAGCAGUUUUUAGAAGAAAGGCUGAAAUAGCGCAUCUAUAUACAUUUCCUGUAAUUAUUUUGUUGUUGGAGUAUGAUUAAACACUUUUAUGAUGAAGAAA